UUGCUUGACGGUGCCACGUGUGUAUAUCGGAGCAUCAGCGACGUGUUCUUCUAUGUACUUGGAGAUAUAGCAGAAAAUGAGCUCAUUCUAGUGAGCGCCCUCAACUGUUUAUUUGAUUCAGUUAACCAAAUUCUGAAACGCUGUGUGGAGAAAAAGACUGUUUUAGACAAUCUUGAUUUGAUCUUUCUCACAGUGGACGAACUUUGCAACAGCGGAAUUUUAAUGGAAUGUGAUGCUAGUGCUCUUGUUGCUCGAGUUGGUACUCGAACAGAAGAUAUUCCUCUGGGAGAACAAACAGUUGCACAGGCAAGUCGAGCUUGUAAGCAACUCCGAGGUGAUGCGUCGCGUAUUUGGUAA